GGAUCGUAGACAGGAAAUAAGCAGGAUUCCGCUAGAUGUGCCAUUACAAACAGAUUUUUUGACAAUGUUAUUAACUAUAAACACCCCUCGAGAUAUUACUACAAAUAUUGCAGAUGAUCGCCAUACAAGUCCUAUGACCGAUGAAGAUGUUUGUGGAAACUUAAUAGAGGCAAUUGUAGCUGGCGUUGACACGACCACCAGUACAUUUUGUUUUAUUGUAUAUCAUUUAGCGCAUUAUCCUGAAAUUAAAGAACGUGUAGUUAGAGAGAUAAAUUCAGUCUUUGAUAUUGAUCUCAAUCGACCUAUUAAUUACGAAGAUUUGAGUAAAUUAAAUUACUGUGAAGCUGUUAUCAAAGAAGUAUCUCGUUUAAUGUCAAUUGUGCCAGUAAUUUGGAGAAUGGCAAUUCGAAAUGAUGAAAUAUCACAUCACAAAUUCAAAGGCUCGACACAAUUCAUGAUCAAUACUCCAGCAAUUCAUAUGCAUGAAGCAGAUUGGAAAGAUCCAGAAUUGUUUAAUCCUUCGCGAUUCAUGAAUGAUAGUAAUAAUUCGAUUCAUAAAAAUUCGUUAUUAAUAUUUGGAAAAGGGUUGCGCAUGUGUCCGGGCAAACAAUUCGCUAUGGUAGAACUUAAAACUUUAAUGGUUUUAUUAUAUAGAAAGUACGAUGUUGAACUGGUUGAUAUUAAUGCACCAAUCAAAUAUCAUUAUUCUACUGUUAAGCAUUGUGAUGAUCUUUAUGUCAGAAUCAAACCAAGGAUUUGA